AUGGACGUUGAUAUAAGUUAUGCAUUGGUACUCUAUGACUUUGAAGCUGCCAACACAUAUGGAGAGAUGGAAUUAGUUCAGAACUCAAUCAUAGUAGUAACUGAAAUGAGUAAAGAUGGAUGGUGGAAAGGAUACAAUAUGGAUCGUACACAAUUUGGAGAAUUCCCCUACAACUAUGUCCGUUUACUAGACCGAAGUGAUCCAGAUUGGAGUUUGGAACUC